CAAGAAAAGCGAAAGAGUUGAAGGUCUUGGAUAUCAUGGAAAUUCAAAUACGAUCCAGAGUAGACUGCUUUUUCGACACUCCUUUCCCUUUCACACAAUUCAUAUAGCUCUACCUCUGUGAUGAUCCCCAAGACAUUUACCCUCCUACCGUCUCGCUACUACGCUUCUGCCUUUGAAUUCGAUCCCUCUCUCGCUCUCCUCCAAUUCCUCCAUUUCUCAGUAACUCACAAAUCUCUCAAACUCACCCGACAAUCCCAUUCUCGAAUUCUCAGUCUUGGCUUAUCUCAAAACUCUUUUCUUGCCACAAAACUCAUCUUUGCAUAUGCUAUAUGCCAACACCCAUAUCAUUCCCGACUCGUUUUCGAUUCCCUACAACACAAGAAUGUGUUUCUAUGGAACUCUUUGAUUAAUGGGUAUGUCAAAAAUCGUUUAUACAAUGAGGCUUUUCAGUUGUUUAAUCAAAUGUGCUCUAGCGAUGUCUUGCCCAAUGAUUUUACUCUCUCGGCACUUUCUAAAGUUUCGAGCGAGCUGGGGGCCUUAUUUUCCGGGCAAUCUAUUCAUGGGAAAAGCAUACGAACAGGAUUUGUUUCCAAUACUGUUGUUGCUAAUUCGAUAAUGUCAAUGUAUUGCAAAUGCGGGAAUUUUGAGGAAUCCAGGAAGGUGUUUGAUGAAAUGACGAUUAGAAAUUCUGGUUCUUGGAACGUUUUAAUUGCGGGGUACGCAGUUUCAGGGAAUUGUAAUUUUCGUGAGGAAACUUGGGAAUUUGUUAAACAGAUGCAGAUGGAUGAAGUGAGACCCGAUGCCUAUACCAUUUCUAGUCUUCUUCCUUUGUGUGAUGGGGACAUGGGGAAAUGGGAUUAUGGGAGGGAGCUUCACUGUUAUAUUGUGAAAAAUGAAUUGGUAUUGGGCCUGGAUUCUGAUGUUCACCUGGGGUGUUGUUUGAUAGACAUGUAUUCGAGAAGCAAGAAAGUGGUUGUGGGUAGACGGGUCUUUGACAGGAUGAAGUGUAGGAAUGUCUUUUCUUGGACAGCAAUGAUCAAUGGUUAUGUGGAGAAUGGAGAUUCAGAUGAAGCUUUGAGUCUUUUUUGCCAUAUGCAGGUUAUAGAUGGAAUAGAACCGAAUAGAGUGUCACUUGUCAGUGUUCUCCCUGCAUGUAGCUCCUUUUCUGGUUUAUUGAGUGGAAGACAAAUCCAUGGAUUUGCUGUUAGAAAGGAAUUGAACAAUGAAGUCACUUUAUGUAAUGCUCUCAUCGAUAUGUAUUCCAAGUGUGGGAGCUUGGAUUCUGCAAGGCGUGUAUUUGAGGAUGAUUCCUUAUGUAAAGAUGCAAUCUCUUGGAGUUCAAUGAUUUCAGGAUAUGGAUUGCAUGGGAAGGGUCAAGAAGCCAUUCUUCUGUAUGAUAAGAUGCUCCAAGCCGGGAUCAGACCAGACAUGAUAACAACAGUGGGGAUUCUUUCUGCUUGUGGCCGGUCAGGAUUGGUAAACGAAGGUCUUAACAUCUACAGCUCAGUUAUCAAUGAUUAUGGAAUUGAACCAACAUUGGAGAUUUGUGCAUGCAUUGUUGAUAUGUUAGGUCGAGCAGGGCAGCUCGAUCGAGCAUUAGAUUUUAUCAAAGCAAUGCCUGUGGAACCUGGUCCUAGUGUGUGGGGAGCUCUGGUCAGUUGCUCCAUCAUUCAUGGUGAUCUUGAGAUGCAAGAAUUGGCAUAUAGGUUCCUUAUUCAGCUAGAACCCGAGAACCCCUCCAACUAUGUUUCCAUAUCAAAUUUAUAUGCGUCUUCAAGGAGAUGGGAUGCCGUGGCUCAAGUAAGAAGAAUGAUGAAACAUAAGAGAUUGAGGAAGGUGCCUGGGUGCAGUUGGAUUAGCAUCAAUAACAAAACUCACCGUUUCUAUGUUGCUGAUAAAGCACAUCCAUCUACUACUUCAAUCUACAACAUGUUGGAUGACCUCUUAUUAACUAUGAAUGAUGCUAUAUGUUCUCCUCACCUUGAAACUUCAACAUAAACCUAGACAUUGAAAUAUUCCUUGAGACAGGUUUGUUUGAUCA